CUAAUAAUGUCAAUCACCCAUGCAUGCAUUUGCUAGUGACAGUAUUUAACAAGAUCUGCUUGCAUUCACAAUUUGUAUCAAGAAUAGUCAUGGCUAGUAUCUGCUUGGUAUUACUCACUGUUGUCAUAGUUGGACAAAUACUCGCGGACGGGCAAGCUGACGGUGCAGUGUGUAAUAAUGGAUUUGUACAGCUAGUAAUGUUAUACGAAAAUUCCAAUGAAGAGUAUGUCCAGUACUGCCAUGAUGGAAAGUGGCAUUCCCUGUGUACUGGUGGAACAUGGUCAAGAGUGGAGGCCAAUGUUGUGUGCAGACAACUGGGACUCAGCGGCCAAGGAGCCAAGAGAGGAGGAAGUAGUAGAACACAAAGAGCUAGUCCAUCCUACUUUAUGUUUGGUGACACAUCCUGUGCUGGAGGGGAAAGUAACAUAGGAGAGUGCACGGGCAUUAGUUAUCCCAGUGAAUGUAUUACCAAUGAUGGAUGGGUAGACUGUCAACCAGCUGAUUGCACUAAUGGAACAGUGAGACUGGUGGGUGGUACCACUAUCAGAGAGGGACGAGUGGACGUCUGUACACAGGGACAUUGGGCAUCCGUCUGUUACAAUGAAGAUCUAGAGUUGGCAGACACCGUUUGCAAAAUGUUAGGAUUUCCAAUGCAGGGGGCAAUGGCGAAUAGUACUACCUCCUCUAUUGACCCAAAAGUCGACUGUACAAUGACAGAUGAUGGCACCACCCUGAACUGUGGAGACACUAUACAGUCACGCAUAUGUGAUAUGGCAAGCUUAGUCAUCACAUGCCAAACUUUCAACUCUGCUGUACAUACUCCAGCAAUCAACGGAACAAAACACACAACCACUUCUAUGACAACAUCAGCCAGCAGCUGCAAUCCAGCAAACCCGAUUACCAGUGCACUAGGAGCAGUGAUUGGACUUCUUGUACUACUAGAAGUAGGGACAGUUAUUGCGUGGGUGGCUUGUACUGUCACAACGAAAAGGAACUCAAGUCCACCAAAACAAAGAAUUCUAACACAAGUGAAUGAGAGCUACACUGACACAGCUCCUAUAGAACCGAGCUACAGUUCACUAGGUCCUAACUACAAUACUGUGACCACAAGCGAUGAAGGAAUUGGUGACUAUGAUGUCAUUGAUCAUAACAGGCCCAGACCAAAACCAGCCAACCCACCACCAGUGAAGGUUGAGGCCAGUAAGAGUGAACAUGAGUUCUUCAAUGCAGAGGAGCAUAUGUACGCAGCUAUUAAUAAGAAGCAUGCAACAAUGGUCGGAGGAGAAUGAACCUUGCAACAACAGUCAUAGCUAUAGUGUGCAUACAGAUGCAUUAUAGAAAACUUGAACAUAAUAUAUAGUGUGCAUAUGCAUCAUAACACUGAUCGUACGAUAAAACCGUUUAACGGAAUAAUGUGAAGGUAUAAAAUAAGCUGUUGAAUAAUCAA